AUGCGACCUGCUGCCCUAUGCACUCGACCUGCUGCCCUAUGCACUCGUCCUGCUGCCCUAUGCACUCGUCCUGCUGCCCUAUGCACUCGUCCUGCUGCCCUAUGCACUCGUCCUGCUGCCCUAUGCACUCGUCCUGCUGCCCUAUGCACUCGUCCUGCUGCCCUAUGCACUCGUCCUGCUGCCCUAUGCACUCGACCCCAACAGCACCGCGCUGCCCUACGCUGCCUGGCGCUGGGGCCUCAUAAUCAUAACCCCCCUCUCUCCCUCGCUCUACAGGUAUCCACCCAUUCACAGGUUCAGGCCCUCGCCCUCUCUCCCUCCCUCGUAAUCCAACCCCUCUACAGGUUCAGGUCCUUCCAAAAUUCGCCCCCAUAUGCACGCACGCUCGACCUGCUGCCCUAUGCCCUCGACCCCAACACCACCACCUUACCCUACGCUGCCUGGCGCUGGGGCCUCUCCUUCCGCCUCUCCUUCUGCAAUUCUCCUCUCCUCCCUCCCCCCUCAGGAGCAGGAGGGGGAGCAGCAGCAGCAGCAGCAGCGGGAAGAGCAGCAGGCGGAGGAGCAGGAGUGGGGGGAGCAGGGGGAGCAGCAGGGGCGCGGAGGGCAUGGGUGCAGGAGAAGGUGUUCGCGUUGGGGUGGGGGCGGGUGGUGCUGGUGGUGAGUGUGUUCGGGCGAAGCAUGGAGGUGAUUCACCGCUGGGACGUGCACUCCACUGUUGCUGGCCUUGCUUGGCUGGACCACCAGGUUCUCCUCAUCCUCACAGCUUCGGAGCACUUUUGUCUUUUCUCGCUGGGCGGCCAGCCAAUCAAGCGCCAGCCCUUGCUACACUACGACUCCGACUCAGAUUACAGCAGCUACAGUGCCGCCGGCCACGGCCGUUUCGGCCUUGUCUUCCACCCCUUUUUGUCUCGUAGCGGCCGCCCGAUCCCCUCGUUCCAGAACAGCGUCGCCGCCUGGAGCAGCGGGGCGGCGGCGUUUGUCCUCUUGCAGGGGGGCGGCAUGGUGGUGCGGGCGCACUUACUCUCCUGGAAGGAGAGAAUCAAAUCUCUGGAAGCGGCCGGCGACUGGAUGAAUGCGCUGCACACUGCAAUGGAGAUUUACCAAGGGAGGGCGGUGGGCGUAACAGGGUUACCAUGCGACCCGGAGGAGCUAGCAGCCGAAAUGGGGGCUCUCCUCUUAGCAUACAUAGAGCAGGUUUUCUCGUACUUAAAGCAGAGCGCGGCAGCGCUUACCCCAAAAACACUUAGCCCAGCGGUACUUAGCCCGGUAGCGCUCAGUCCUGUGAAUGCCAGUCCUGAAUUGUCACCCCGCCACCCAAGCUCCUCCGGUUCAGCCACAGCAGCAUCAGCGGCGGCAGCAGCAGUAGCAGCAGCAGCGGCAGUGGCAGCAGCAGCAGAGGCGGCGGGAGGGGAGCAGAGGGAGGAGUAUGUGCGGGUGGGCGGGGUGGCAAUCGAGUUCUGCAUCCGCGUGCACCAGCUGCCGCUGCUCUUCGGGGCCGUGUUUGACAAGUUCACCCAGAGAGGGCAGCGAGGCAUCUUCCUGGAGCUGCUGGAGCCGUACAUUCUCACAGACCACCUCAGCACGCUCCCUCCGGAGGUGAUGCAAGCGCUGGUGGAGCAUUACAGUGAGAGGGGGUGGCUGUCGCGCGUGCAGCAGUGCGUGCUUCACAUGGACAUCGCCUCGCUGGACAUUAACCAGGUGGUGCGUCUGUGCCGUCAGCACAGCCUGCACUCAGCCCUCAUCUACCUCUUCACGCGGGCCCUUGCGGAUUUCGUCUCGCCAGCCCAGCAGCUGCUUUCCACCCUCCUCGCCUCCUCCUCCUCCGCAGCUCCCAGUACUGGGUUCGGGGAGAGGAGUCGGGAGAAGCAGCGGCAUAAGAAGGAGGAGGGGGAGAAAAAGGAGGAGAGGGAGGAGGGUCGGCAGUGCGGCUACCGCCUGCUGCUCUUCCUCAAGCUCACCUUUUCCGGCCUCAAUUUCCCUCCAGGCAGUGGUGCCAUCUCUCCGUCCCUCCUGCCCUCAGCGCAAGCGGAACUCCUAAACUUUCUCCUCAAACCCCACCGCCCACCCCACCAACGCCCCUCCUCUCUCUCCCCAUCCUCCCACGCCCUCCUCUGCUCGCCGCUCGCUCGCCUCCUCUCCUUCGAUCACCGCGCCACCCUCUCGGUACUGCGUGUGAUUCUCCGCUCUGUGUCCAUACUGGAUCAGCCACAACCGAGUACAGAACAGCAGCUUAAGACGAGUGCGGAUUCGACGUCGACGAAUCAUAGGGGUGCGGGUGCAGCUUAUAACGAGGAUGCUACUGUAGAUCCGGCAGCUGGUGGUAGACUUGUUUUUACUCUAUUAGAAAUAGUGCGCUCCUGGUGCGAGGCGGCAGAUGCAAUAAGGAGUAACGAGGACUCCAAUAAGGGAGAAAAAGACACUGUAGCUGUAGCGUCACCAGCAGCAGCACGUUCGGAUGUAGCCUCGGAUUUAGGUCUGGGACUAGGCUUGUGUUUAGACAGGCUCGGGGAUGCAGCAGGCUGGGUGCUAGAGCUGGUGGCAGAGGCGGCAGCAGCAGGGAGAGUGGAGCUGGACCGAACUUCUCUCAACACCAUCUUCGUUUAUCUCACAUCCGCUACUGUCACAUUUGAUUUGCGCGCUCUGCCCACUGCCGCUGCCACUUCUGCUGAUGCCAUUGCUGGUGGUGCCGGUGCUCCUGCUGCGAGUAAGGGAGCUGUACAGAAGCAGCAUUCCUCCUCCUCCCCCUCGUCACCCGCCUCUCGCCCCGCUCUCGCUCUCCUCUCCCCCUCUGUGAGGCGGGCUCAGAGGGAGGAGCGGAUGGAGGGGCUGGUGAUGGCUCUGCCGGACUCCUGUGGUGUGGACUUCAAUGCUCUCCUGCCCCUGGCGCUGCAAGCAGGCUUCCACCAGGGCAAAGGAGACUGGAGGCAGAGGGAGGAGCGGAUGAAGGGGCUGGUGAUGGCUCUGCCGGACUCCUGUGGUGUGGACUUCAAUGCUCUCCUGCCCUUGGCGCUGCAAACGGGUUUUCACCAGGUGUGUGCGCGUCUAUUCAUGCGAACACACGGCAUGCUCGGCAUUCACCAAGCGCUCUCCUCUCUCCAUGUCCCCUCUUACACACAUGGAAAUUCCCCUCUCCCUUCGUGCCCCCAUCUCCCCAACCAGGUGUGUGCGCGUCUGUUCAUGCGAACACACGGCAUGCUCGGCAUUCACCAAGCGCUCUCCUCGCUCCUCACAGACGCCCACCACCCCGACAUGCCCUUUCGCCUCAUCCAAAAGGCAGCCCUCGCCCUCACCCGUAGGCACGGGGUGGUGGGCGGGGAGGAAGGUGCUGCGCUGCGAUUGGCCGUCCGGCGCCACCUGGCGCAGUUGGUGCGGCUGGACGGUGGCACUUGUCUGUAUGUGGCGCUGGGGCUGCUGCGGCUGGAUUUGGAGUUGAUUCUAGCAGCAGCAGCAUCCCCACGAAUGGUCGAGCUUUAUAUCGAGUUGCUCUGUAUCUACGACCCUCCCGCGCUGCUGCCCUUCCUCCAAUCACCUCUCGCCACCUGUCGCCUCGACCGCUGCCUCCGCGUCUGCCUCGCGCACAUCUCCCCGGCGCUCGCCGCGCUGCCACGUCAGCCCGUGCCAGGUCAGCAGCAGGGCGCGCCUCCGCAGGCGCCACGUCAGCAGGCGGGGGGAGAGCCAGUCCUGAACUGCCACAUCAGCGCUGCGGCGCGGGUGCUGCUGGAGCGAAUGGGGUUGGUUCAUGAGGCGCUGGCGCUGCUGCUGGUGGAAUUACACUGCUGCUUGCAUGCCCUGGAUAGGAGGGUUGCUGGGAUGAUGAUGAGGAGGAGCAAGAGGAGGUUGGGGGUGAUGGAGAGGUCUAUAGCGGGGACAACUGCUGAGGGGCCUGAAAGUGAGGUUGGGAGGAGGGGCGAGAGUGAGGCGGGGAUGAGGGGAGAGGGUGAAAGUGGAGGCGAAAUGAGGGCUGACAUGAGGGGAAGGUCGGGUCUGGAGCAAGGAAAGGAGGGUGGGAAGAGGAGGAGGAAGCGGAUGAGGAAGAAGAGUGGCAGGUUGAUGACACGAGUGCUGCAGAUGGACGAGGUGCGAGUGCUGCUGGCCAUACAGCACGAGGCGCUGGCUCUCUGUGCGAGUGCUGCUGGCCAUACAGCACGAGGCAUUAGCUCUCUGUGCGCGCAGCACAGGCAGGCUGCCCCACUGGCAGUGCCGUGCCAUGUGGCGAACGCUGCUGGACUGGUGGGUGUGAGGGUAUCUGUGCGCGCAGCACAGGCAGGCUGCCUGCCCCACUGGCAGUGCCGCGCCAUGUGGCGCACCCUCCUUGACUGGGCCCUCCCCAUCCCAUCUGCACCACCAGCCAUCCCACCACUACACCCCUCCCCAUCACACACACCCCCCAACCGCUGGCACUCGCUCUACUCACACCUCCUUACAGUCACAGGGGCGUCCGGCACAGCAGCCACAGGCAGGACCGGGGUGCAGUCCCGAGCAGGUGAUUCCUCAGGUGAUUUCUCAGGUGAAAACGGUCAGCAGGGGGUUGCUCCGUCUGCACUGAGCUCGUUUCCGGCCCCAUCUCUGCCGCCUUCGGUCUUCCCUCCUCCUCCACCCCCUCUCUUCGCCUCCUGUUGUCACGCGCUUGUGCUGCUUCGGGAGCAGCAGCAACGGGAAAGAAAUGGGGAUGAGGAGCAGGCUCAAGAGCAAGAGAAACAGCAACAACAGCAGCAGCAGCAGCAGCAGCAGCAGCAGCAGCAGCAGCAGCAGCAGCAGCAGCAGCAGCAGCAGCAGCAGCAGCAGCAGCAGCAGCAGCAGCAGCAGCAGCAGCAAGAAAAGCGGUGGUGGCGGCAGGAAAACCACCCGCAAGCCUGCGAUCUGAUUCUGUUUGCCGUCCGGUUCCUGCUACAAUGCUGUGCGACGGCCACUGUAGCAGAGAUGGCAGGGAUGGUGCCUCUGCCAGUCAUUGCUGCCUGGCUGCUUGGUGCAGGCGAGAGGCAGAGAGACGGGGAAGGGGGAAGAGAUCUCAUUCACAGUGCAAUAAUGGAGAAUGCUCAGAAGGAGGGCGCAGCAAGGACUGCAGGGGAUGUGGUGGGAGGGCUGCUGGAAAUUUUAGGUCGGGCGGGGUCGGAUGAGCAGCUAUUUGCUGCUGCUGCCCGGGCAGCCAAUACCGAUUCGUUCUCCCACUGCUCCUCCCUGCUCUCCCUCCUGCAGCACCCCACCCGCCCCUCCUCCCGCUCCUGCCGCCUCUGCUCCACUGCUCUGUACGCCCCAGCGUCAACAGCUAAAGGAGCAGCAGCAGCACCACCACCAUCCCCGCUGCUACGAUUGCCAGCCACAGCAGCUGCAGCAGCAGCAGCGUUAUCAUCCGCAGCAGCAGCCGCAGCAGCCGCAGCAGCAGCGGCGGCGGCGGCAGCAGGGAAGAGAUUACCAGUGGAGGUGUUUCUGUGUGGGCACGGGUUUCACAGGGAGUGCUUGCAGCAGCGCCACCACGACAGCUUCUUCUUCCCCCCUGCCCACCAAUGCCCUGCCUGCGGCGCCUCUGCCACCCGCCUUGUCCCCUCGCACCUCUCCUCUGCCGCUGCUCCUCCUGCUGCUAAUGCCGCCUCUUCUGCUGCUCAUGCUGCCACUUCUGGUGGUCUAAGAGUGGGUGGGGGCAGUGGGUUGGCUGCUGCUCUGCUGGAGGCGCCAGAGGAGAGGGAUGGAGGGAGGGGAGGGACAGGAGGGGCGUCGGUAGCACCGCCGGCUGUGCCUGGUGGGACGUCUGCAGCAGCAUCCUCUUUAUCCUCAUCCUCGAUAAGUGCAAGGCUUCUUACACUAGAAGCAUCCAGGAAACAGCAGCAACAAGACGAGUCGUGCCGGCUGAAACGCCUACACGCCACGUCAGCACCACGUUCUGCUGCUGCAAGAGGGAGAGGGGAGAUGCGCAGUGGGCGAGGGAAGGGACAAGGGGGUAAGGAACGGUUGAGGGAGCAGACAGAGGAGUUACAUAAUAAACGGGAAGAGAGGCUGAGGGCUGCUACUGAGAGACAGCAGCAGCAGCGAAUGGGCAUGUUUAAUCCAUUUGGCAGGUUUUUUAAGGGAGGAACUGGGUCGUGA